CGGAAAUAGAGCUAUACAAGGAUCUGGGGAUAUCAGGGUCAGUUGUAACAACACUUAUGAAGUCUUAUUUAGAUAAAGGCCACUCUCUAUUCACGGAUAACUGGUAUACCUCUCCAACGCUUUCUACCUAUUUAUUUGAACACAAAACAAAUACAUGUGGUACCGUUAGAACUAACAGAAAACAAAUGCCUGAUUUAUCGGGUAAAUUAGAAAAAGGCGAAACAAAAUCGAUGGUUAGCGAUAAUAUGUUAGCCGUUAGAUGGAAAGAUCGUAGAGACGUUAAUAUGUUGACAACUUUUCAUAAAGAUCAAAUGAUAAAUGUAAAUAAAACAAACAUGAAGACAGGGGAAUCUGUGAAGAAACCGGAAUGUGUCGUCCACUACAACCAAAAUAUGGGAGCAGUAGACAGAACGGAUAUGAUGCUAAGUUCCACAGAAUGCGUUAGAAAAACAUUAAAGUGGUACAAGAAACUAUUCUUUCACAUUCUUGAUCUAUGUGUCCUGAACAGUCAUGCAUUAUUCCUUAUGCAAAAUCCAGGGCAGUUGCCCUUGGCAGAUUUCCAAUUGAGGCUAACUCGACAGCUGCUUGAAAGUUAUAAUGUACCAAAAACCAUACCCAGGACGUUGAAUACAUCAAAACAUCAGCGUCUGACGGGGCGACAUUUUCCGGCUAUGGUACCAAAUAAAAAAGUUCGAAGAUGUAUUGUUUGUUCACAGUCUAAAAUUCGUGACCAAAAAAAGAGGCGAGAUUCAAGAUAUAUGUGCAAUGAAUGCGACGUGGGUCUAUGUGUUUUUCCUUGCUUCGAAGAAUAUCACACAAAAGAAAUGUAUUAAAAUGUAUAUUCUUAUAAUAAAAUAUACAAGCUGAAUCAAUUAUUUCAUAUCAAUAGUAUUUAUUAUCUCCUCAUAAAACAACUCUUGAUCUAUUUUCUAUAAUGCCGUAUAUAUAUGGCACUGGGGCUCAUGACAUUUUAAAAACUCUGGUUCUGGCAGUACUACAUAGGUAUUGA